AUUGCUACACUCUGACGUAAUCAAACAGAGACUAGGGGUUGUGUCUGGAAUACACUACCUCUCUCAUUUCUUAAAGUAGGCCUAUUUUCAGGUUCGAUUAGCAAGCUUGUUAUUUGGCAUGAGUAUUCAGAUGUUCAUCCAUCGUCCAAUAUAGGAAUACCACAAGGCGACUAGAAUUUGACACAAUAAUGUUAAAUCGAUAAGGUUACUUAUGUUAUGAUCCACACACAGACGGAACAGCAAAAGGGACAGCCUAUAGUUCUGUAUGGAACUACAGAACCAUUAACAAACCAUGAGGUUACCAAAGUUAGCCAGUGUUUUUGUUUUCUUUGGCUGCUUGGCAGCCUACCUGAUGUUUGUUAAACGGCACUAUGAUGAUGGGAGGCCGACCAUUUCAAAAAUACCGCCUCACUUUCACCCCAGAUUGGGUUUAACAGGCAGCUCCAACAGACCAACCUCCUCAGAAGUGGUCAGCGGACGCUUCCAGUAUGGUGUUAUGUUUGAUGCUGGGAGUACUGGGACACGGAUCCAUGUCUUCAAGUUUCAACUGGAGGACAAUGAGGCUCCCAAAUUGGCACAUGAGUCAUUCAGAGCAAUCAAACCAGGUCUGUCUGCAUAUGCUGAUGAACCAGAAAAGUGUAAGAAAGGGAUCCUGGAGCUGUUGGAUGUGGCCCAGAGCAGCAUUCCCUCCUCCAUGUGGAACAACACUCCAGUGGUCUUAAAGGCCACAGCGGGCCUCCGACUCCUGCCUGGAGAGAAGGCUAAACACCUCCUGGACAUGGUCAGGGAGGUUUUUGCGGAGUCUGCAUUCCUUUCCCGAGGGGAUAGUGUGUCUAUAAUGGAUGGCACAGAUGAAGGGAUCUCUGCUUGGAUCACUGUUAACUUCCUCAUAGGGGGUCUCCACGGCUCGGACACGCCCACUGUGGGGAUGCUAGAUUUGGGAGGAGGGUCCACUCAGAUCACCUACUCUCCUCGGGAUGAGAAGACCAUCCAGACAUCACCCAUUGAUUACAUCACAUCAUUUCAGAUGUUCAACAGCACCCACACGCUCUACUCUCACAGCUACCUUGGCCUAGGUCUGAUGUCAGCGAGGCUUGCUGUCUUGGGAGGAAUCGAGGGACAGCCCUUAGAGGGCAGUGUAACAGAGCUGGUAAGCCCCUGCUUGGCCCCUGACUACUCAGGCCAAUGGGAACAUGCAGACGUUGUGUACACUGUGAAGGGCCAGAAGGCAGGAGAGCCCAUUUAUGAUUCCUGUUAUAAGAAAGUAGAGAAGAUGCUUUAUAACAAGGUGAAGCAGGCAGGAGAAGCCAAGGACAUGGAAUUCUAUGCGUUUUCAUACUACUAUGACCGAGCUGUGGAUCUGGGAGUUAUUGAUGAGAAAACAGGAGGGACAGUAACAGUCAGUGACUACAUAGACGGUGCCAAGAGAGUGUGCAAUGGAAUGAUGGUUACUCCAGGAGAGAACCAUUUCCUCUGUCUGGAUCUAACCUACAUCUCUGUGAUACUGCAAGAACUUGGGUUUUCCAAAGAUAAAGUAUUUAAGCUGGCCAGGAAGAUUAAUGAAGUGGAGACGAGCUGGGCUCUGGGGGCUACCUUCCACUACAUUGAGUCCUUCCGCCGUCAGUGAGCUGCUAGUCUCUCCUCUCAAAACAAGCCACUGUCACUGUGACAGGCCAGUGGCUGUGCUGUGAAGUAUUCUGACAAAAUGUCCUCUGAUUGUAACAGUUCUUGAUGCCAAGUUUUCAGACUGAGUUUGUAUUAUCAGUCGCCUUUGUGAGUUUAACUUUUUCGUACUGCAGGUGUGAUUGUUUUUUACUUGAAGGAAUGUUGUUUGUAUACUAAGCGGUGUUGGGGAAAAUAUUUAGUGUUUAGUAAGCCAUCAGUUACUUGAUGUAGAUAGAUAUUCCCAGUCAAAUGUUUCUUACACCAAAAAAAAUCUAUAACAGAAAGAUACAUUUGUUUUAAGCGAAUUCCAAUGAGUUAGGUCUUGCUUUUUUUUUACCCAUAUUUAAAUGUUUGAAUAGGUUGACUACACAAAAACAAGUGAAAACACUACCAGAAUUUGUAUUCAAACUACAAAGUUACUAAAACUGUACUUCACUACUCCUCAACAUUGAUAUCACUCAAGAAUAUGGGACUGGUUUAGUUUGAAGGAGCAUGGACAGGUACAUAUGGUAUUUUAAUAUAAACUUGUGCUCAAAUGUGUCUGUCUGUGUAAUGUUGUACUCUGGAAACAACUAAGCUAUUAAAGGGUCUUCAUAUAAUCAGA